AUGUUUUACUGUUAUUGCAAAAGCAUGUAAUUGGGGUUUUGAUAUUGUUUGGACUGCUCAACUCAUCUAAGUUGGUUAGAACCGUUACAACCGUAUGCUCCUCCUAUGCACACACGUUUGAGCCAUCUCUCUCAUAGUUUAGAUACUAUCGCUCGAAUCAAACAAAAAAUUGUUUGGAAUGCAAACAAGUUUGAUUUUGGAGGCUGAUUUUUAUAUGGAAAGGAAUCUAAAUUAAUUCCCAGCAGUUACUAUUUGCAACUGUAUAUCGCUGUGAUGUCAUCAUCUGGGAUUUUGGGAGGUACGCAACUUGAACAGAAAAAGGAUGUUUAAUUACCACUUAAAUGAAAAGGGUAAAAAACAAAACAAAAUUCAACAGUAGGUAGCUGAGAAAAAUCGGUAAAAGCAUAAAAUAAUUUACAGAUGAUUUAGUACUGUGCUGCUGAUAUAAGUGAGGCCCUGUGAAGCUGGAAGAUAUUUUUGUUGUGGUCCAAAAUUGGCUGAAGCAAGAAGUGGAAAAAGAAGCAGACAAAUUAUACUAAAAGCAGUUUGCUGAUAUAAUCCAUUUGUAUUGGUGUUUGCAACUCAUCAUAGCAAGUGCUCUCUUUGUUUCUAUGCAGAAUAUAAACCAUCAUGUUUCUAGCACAUUAGUCAUUCCUUCCUAUCUAAAUACAUUUUCUGCCUUUUUUUUCUUCAUUUGUGCACAACAGUGUCAGACUUUCACAAGUCGGGAUAUAUUCUUGCAAAGGUUGCCAAAUUAAACUUCUAAGUAUGGAGAAGCUUCUGAAGCCAUAUGAUAAGGAGUAUAUGAGGAUGGCCAUCCUAAAGCAUGAAGAAACUUUCAAGGAGCAGGUCUAUGAACUUCAUAGGCUGUAUCAUAUGCAGAACAUAUUGAUGAAAAGCUCCAUCGGGAAAGGCAGGCCCAAUGGACAGAAACAAGAGAGUUGGAAUUUAAAUUAUCAUCAGAACCAAGAGGCACAAUUUAACCCACAAAGGAAACUAGAUUUAGAACAGCCUGCAGCAGCAGGAGCAGAAGAGUUCAUUGCAGACACAGAUGGAGAUGAUGGGGUGCUCGAGAUCAUAGAUGAGAGUGAGAUUGAGUUGACUCUGGGCCCCACCAGAUACAACAACAACAACAGCAACAGAAGCAGCAGCAGCAACGGAAGGAAGAGAGGAGGAGAGGCAGCAGCCCUAACGUUAUCAGAUUCAGCAGGUCCAAGUAGCUUCUCAUCUUCUUGUUCUACUGGAUCAAGCCAUGCAAUAAACAGGCAAAGUAGUUUCUCCAGGAGGAACAAUCAGAGUAGUACACAUGGGCAGCUGCUGCCUGCUGACAUGGCCUCAGGAGGGUACAGAAGAGGUGGAGGUAGUAAAAUCAGCGGCAGCAAUGUUAAUGGUGGCGAAGAACAGUUAAGACAGGAUGAGAGGCUAAAACUGCCUCAUUGGCUCUUCCAAGUUUUAAGCUUGAACAUGACUUGAGAUGAUCUGAUAUGAUUUUUGGACCUCUUCUUCUUACUUCUUGACUAAUAUGUGAUUGAUGAUGUUUGGGUGAACUUCUGAUAUGAGCUUCUAAUUAGUUGGUUAAUUUUCUAUUGUGAUGGGUGGAGUUUUGUAUAAAGAUCAUCAUUUGUCUCCAUUGCUUUAUUUCCAUUUUCAGUUUUAUAAAGAAAUGUAAUGAAUAUGAUGAAAUGGAGAUGAGUAGCCACGGAUAGGUUUUACCGUGUAACUAGGCGUUACGAGAGAGAUAAAGAAAAGUGAUGUACUCGUAAUUACACUACACUCAAGAUUAUGCUCUACUCACUUUGAUCAGCAGAGAUAUUAUCUUGUCACCUUAUCACUGGUGACAAGAGGAUUGUUUGAGUGUAUUUUUUAAAUACGUGAUAAAUAUGUAUUGGAUGAAUGAUGCUAUUGAGACUAUA